AUGACUCUUCCCUUCCACUUAUGUGAAGCUUACACCACAUUUAAUUUCUUUUUCUUUUUCAAGCGAUGCAUACCCGGUAGUGGCAGUGAAUGCAUUUCAGGUGGCUUUAACGAAGCCACACCAUAUGCGGCAUCAGACACAGAGACUGAUCUCUUACUGAUAUCUACACCAAGCUUUGUACCAACAGAGGAUCCAAAAGGAUCUGAUGAAGAUGAUGAUGGCAUCACUCCACAUGUUGAUGACCGAUACAAUCGGAUGCCGCAAACCCCAAAAAAACGAGAUCCACGAUAUGCUGAUGAUGAAUACUCUGAUACUAUGAGGAUGGUAUUGCAACAGAUCCUUGAUAUAUCGAGAGGAGCUCCAGUAACGGAGAAUAAUGAUGUCAUGGUUUUAUUUGGUGGUGGUGGUGAUGAAGUAGAUCUGCCAGAAUGCUCCGGUUACCAGAUAUGGUGGAAGCCGGAUCCGAAAGACUGUAGUUCCUAUUAUUUUUGCAUUUUGUCGAGUGUAAAGCACUUGAAGUGUCCUGAGGGUUUCCAUUUUAGUUCUAAUGCGAUCUGUAUACCGCAAUCCUUAUCCAGUUGUCAAGUAUCUGAGGAAUUAGUGGAACCUGAGGAGUCCUGUAAUGAAAUGGAUGGCUUCAAGUCAGACCCUACUGAUUGUAGAAACUAUUAUUCUUGUGAAUUUGGAAGUCUGAUACAAAAGCAAUGUCCGGAAGACUUCUUGUUUGAUUCGAGAGAGAAGAUGUGUCGACCAGAUUAUUUAGCUUAUUGCGAAGAGCCAGAGCCUACCGCCGUCAGUACAGCACCGCCUACAGACGCGAUGCCACCGUGUGGUGCUGAAGAUUACUGGUCACGACCAGACAUAAGGGAUUGUGGUAGCUCCUAUAUGUGUGUGUAUGGGGAGGUAAUCAAAGUGAGAUGUCCUGAUGGCACUGCGUAUAGUCAAGAGACGGAGUUAUACCACAAAGAAAACUCUACCACAUGGCAUCAGUAUUGUACCAUCAAGCAUAAAUAA